AUGAGUGCCGAUAUUUUAGCAACCGUUAUUGCUGAAAUAAAGGAAAGUCCUAUGUUUGCACUGCAGUUGGACGAGUCCACAGAUGAGGAAUAUUUGUUCUGCAAGUCUUUGCCCACUACUACCCGCGGCGAAGACGUAUUUCAAACGCUAAAAGAGUUUAUUGAGGAAAAUGGCCUGGACUGGUUAAAGCUGGUUGGUAUUUGUACAGACGGGGCACCUUCCAUGAUGGGCAUCCGUUCUGGUUUUCAGUCACUUGUGAAACAAGUUGCUCCUCAAGUUUUCAACUAUCAUUGUUUGAGACAACGUUACGCUUUGGCUGUAAAAACACUCCCACCAGAUUUGCUAAACACGUUGAGUGAUAUAGUAAAAAUUGUUAAUCAUAUUCGAGGCAGCGCUACUAACUCAAGAUUAUUUAAAGUUUUGUGCGAUGAAAUGUUUUCAGUUUGGGUGCAGAGGACAAACAAUCCUUUAUUGGAUGAGGUAACCCCUUUGGUUUGUGGUGAAAAUCGACAUAUUUGUGACGCGCAUUUCACAAAUAUUUGCAAAGUGGAAUAUUUGUCAACAAAUUCAAAGACAAGUCUAAAAGUUAACGCCCUGCCGACUCUAAAUAUGCCACGAUUCACUGGAGACCCAUACUUAGAGAAGAAUUGUCUCAUGGAUAGAGCUAGAUUCCGCAAGGAUAAUGAUGAUAUUGCCAAAAAAAGAGCAUAUGUGAAAAUUGAGAGUGAGAGAUUGAGAUUCAUAAAGUUUAAUCAAACCAAACUCCGUACUGAGGAAUAUAUACAUUUACGUGAUGCAGUACUCGGUAAUGUAGAUGCAAUUAAUAAUAUUAGUCAUAUUGGUACUGCAUAUAUUCUUCCAUCUUCUUAUCCGCGACAUAUGCAGGAGUACAUUCAAGAUGCUAUGGCUUAUGUUCGUGCAUAUGACAGACCUAAUCUGUUCAUUACCUUUACGUGCAAUCCCAAAUGGGAUAAAAUAAAAAAAUUGCUGAUGCCGGGACAAACAACGAUGGAUAGGCACGAUAUAACUGCACGAGUUUUUAAACAGAAGUUGAAAUCAUUGAUAAAUUUUAUAGUAGAUUGGCAGGAAAGAGAGAUUGACGAUAUUAUCUCAGCAGAAAUUCCUGAUAAAAAUGUUGAUGAGGAAUUGUUCGAUAUUAUAACUACUAACAUGAUACAUGGUCCAUGCGGUACUCUCAGCAUUAUGUCACCAUGCAUGGACAAUGGAAAAUGCACAAAACAUUUUCCAAAAUCAUUUCAAAACGAUACUAUCACCGACAUUGAUGGUUACCCUGCUUAUCGGCGACGUGACGUUGACAAUGGUAGACAAUGUUUUGAAUUGCGACUGACGAAUGGCGGGUUAAUAGAUGUUGAUAAUCGAUGGGUAGUUCCUUAUUCGCCUUUGCUAUGCAAAACCUAUAAAGCACAUAUAAAUGUCGAAUUGUGCAGCUCGGUGAAGUCGAUAAAAUACAUAUGCAAAUAUGUUCAUACAGGGAGCAACAAAGCGAUAUUUGCAAUUAAAAGUAUUAAUGAGAAUGAUGAAAUAACUGGAUAUCAAAUGGGUCGAUACGUCAGUAGCAAUGAAGCUAUCUGGAUUGAAGAAGCUAUGAAGAAAUAG